GCCCCGCCCCUCUUCCCCUGGGCUCGGUCCUGUUCAGCCGGCCCCAGCCGCAGAGCGGAUCGGCCGCCGCGGGUCCGCGAGGGAGGUGCCGAGCCGAGCGAUCGAGCUGGCGGCGGGGGCCAUGGCGGGCGGGGAGGGCCGGGAAGACGGCGAGGCGGCCGUAGUCACGGUGAGGGUGCAGUACUUGGAGGACGCCGACCCCUUCGCCUGCGCCAACUUCCCGGAGCCCCGCCGGGCCCCCACCUGCACCCUGGACGGGGCCCUGCCGCUGGGGGCCCAGAUGCCCGCUCUGCACCGGCUGCUGGCGGCGCCGCUCAAGCUAGAAGAUUGUGCCCUGCAAGUAUCCCCGUCUGGAUAUUAUCUGGACCCAGAUUUGUCCCUGGAAGAGCAGCGUGAGAUGCUGGAAGACUUCUACGAAGAGAUUGGCAAAGGGAGGAAGCCCACCCUCAUCCUUCGCACCCAGCUCUCCAUCCGAGUUCAUGCCAUCCUGGAGAAGCUCUACCGAUCCAGCGGCCCUGAACUCCGGCGCUCGCUCUUCUCCCUGAAGCAGAUCUUCCAGGAGGACAAGGACCUGGUCCCAGAGUUUGUGCACUCCGAGGGCCUGAGCUGCCUGAUCCGGGUGGGGGCCGCUGCAGACCACAACUACCAGAGCUACAUCCUCCGAGCCCUGGGCCAGGUGAUGCUGUUCGUGGAUGGGAUGCUGGGAGUGGUGGAACACAGCGAGACCGUUCAGUGGCUCUACACGCUCUGUGCCAGCAUGUCUCGCCUGGUGGUGAAGACCUCCCUGAAGCUCCUUCUGGUGUUUGUGGAAUAUGCAGAGACCAAUGCCCGGCUCUUCAUCCAUGCUGUCAACGCUGUUGCCAAUGCCACUGGUGCCUCCCCAUGGGCCACCUUUGUGUCCAUCCUGGAGGAGAAGAACGGCGCCGACUCCGAGCUGCUGGUGUUCACCAUGACACUGAUCAACAAGACACUGGCGGCCCUUCCUGACCAGGACUCCUUCUAUGAUGUGACGGAUGCGUUGGAGCAGCAGGGCAUGGAGGGCAUUGUGCAGAAGCACCUGGGCAGCCCGGGCACAGACGCCGACCUCAGGGUGCAGCUCGUCCUGUAUGAGAGUGCCCUGCGGCUAGAGGAUGGGGACCCCGAGGAGGGGGUACCAGGAGUGCGGCGGGAGCGCAGGAAGCCAGCGUCAGAGGAGGGGAAGAGGAGCCGGCGUUCCCUGGAGGGCGCAGGGCCUAGCAACGUCAGCUCCCCAACUAGGACGAGCUGCCCAAUCCUGCCUCUGCCCAAGUCUCCCACGGAAGCUCCCCCUCACCCUGUAGGCCCAGCCCCCUGCCUCAGUUCCUCAGUGGUCCUGUUCCCCAGCCCCACCGUGGCCCCCCCUACAGAUGCACUGGGUGAAAGAAGCAUCUAUAAAGCCCGUUUCCUGGAGAACGUGGCGGCAGCUGAGACCGAGAAGCAAGCUGCCUUGGCCCAGGGUCGGGCUGAGGCCCUGGCCGGGGCCAUGCCAGAUGAGUCUGAUGGCCACCCAGACCCCCGAGAGCUGUGGAGCACCCCAGAGCCGGAGCCCCCGCCCCGCCCCCCGAGCAGCCCGAGAAGCCCCCUGACCCGGCCCCUGAGCCUGGCCCAGCGAGGCCUGGAGUCGGAGGUCCUGGCUGCAGAGGCUAAGGCUCCCAUGGAGCCGCUCAGCCCCCAACCUUCCCUCUGCAUCGGAGACUUGGAUUUCUCCGACCUAGGGGAGGAUGAAGACCAGGACUUGUUGGCCCCCGAGGCCCCUGGGGUUGGAGGAGAUAUCCCAGCCCCGCCGCCCCUCCCUGGGAACCCUCCACCACCACCCCCUUUGCCCCCAGGAUGCCCUCCCCCCCCCGCCCCCACUCCCUGCCCCUGCCCCCUCCCCCACCCCCGGAUUACCCCCUCCCAGGCUCUGACCGGACGCCCCCCUCCCAAGAGGAAGACCGUGAAGCUGUUUUGGCGGGAGCUGAAGCCCGGAAAGGGGGUCAAGGGGAUGGGCCGUUUUGGCCCCAGCCCCACCUUAUGGGCCUCCUUGGAGCCUGUGACUGUGGACACGGCCAAGCUGGAGCACUUGUUUGAGACAAGAGCCAAGGACGUGAUGUCCAACAAGAAAGCUGCUGAAGGCCGGAGGACAAUGACCACGGUGCUGGACCCCAAACGCAGCAAUGCCAUCAACAUCGGCUUGACGACGCUGCCCCCCGUCCACGUCAUCAAGGCCGCCCUGCUGGGCUUCGACGAGUUUGCUGUUAGCAAGGACGGCAUCGAGAAACUGCUGACCAUGGUGCCUACGGAGGAAGAACGACAGAAGAUCCAGGAGGCCCAGUCGGCCAACCCGGACAUCCCCCUGGGCCCGGCCGAGAGCUUCCUGUUGACCCUCGCCUCCAUCGGCGGCUUGGCGGCCCGGCUCCAGCUGUGGGCCUUUAAGCUGGACUAUGAGACCAUGGAACGGGACAUUGCAGAGCCGCUGUUUGACCUGAAGCAGGGCAUGGAACAGCUGGUCCAGAACCCCACGUUCCGCUGCAUCCUGGCAACCCUCCUGGCGGUAGGCAAUUUCCUCAAUAACUCCCAGAGCAGCGGAUUUGAGCUGAGUUACCUGGAGAAGGUGUCCGAGGUGAAGGACACGGUGCGCAGGCAGUCCCUGCUCUAUCAUCUCUGCACCCUGGUGCUCCAGAGCCAGCCCGAGUCCUCCGACCUCUACUCGGAGAUCCCAGCCCUCACUCGGUGCGCCAAGGUGGACUUCGAGGUCCUGGCCGAGAACCUGGAGCAGCUGGAGCGGCGGAGCCGGGCGGCCGAGGAGCACCUGAGGAGCCUGAGCAAGCACGACCUGUCGCCGGCCCUGCGUGCCCGCCUCACCCACUUUCUAAGCCAGUGUGCCCGGCGCAUCGCCAUGCUCAAAGUGGUGCACCGGCGCACGUGCAACAGGUUCCGCGCCUUCCUGCUCUACUUGGGGUACCCAGCCGAAGCGGCCCGGGAGGUGCGCGUGAUGCCCUUCUGCCAGACGCUUCACGAGUUCGCGCUGGAGUACCGCACGUGCCGGGAGCGCGUCCUCCAGCAGCAGCGGAAGCGGGCCACCUACCGCGAGCGCAACAAGACCAGGGGGCGCAUGAUCACCGAGACGGAGAAGUUCUCCUCGGUGGCCGAGACCUCGGGGCUGCUGCCUGUGCCGGUGGCCGUGGGCAGCGGGCCGGGUCAGGGGGACAAGGACACCGACGUCACCAUGCGGAGCCUGCUGAGCAGCGGCUCCGAAGCCCCCACCCACAGCCGAAGGAGCCGAGGCAUGGCCCCCAGCAGCUCCACAGCAGCGGCCCCCCCAGAGGAGCCCCCAGGCUCCAGCUCUCCCCCCGACGCGUCUGAUGAGAUCAUGGACAGACUGGUGCAGUCGGUGACCCGGAGCAGCCCCCGGGCCCUGGCUGCCAGAGAGCGAAAGCGAUCUCGGGGCAACAGGAAGUCCUUGAGAAGGACUCUGAAGGGUGGUCUUGGCGAUGACCUGGUGCAGGCAUUGGGACUGAGCAAAGGACCGGGCCUGGAGGUGUGAGAGGGGCAGUGCCCACUACCUCCCCUCCAGGAGCCUCCCAGAGCAUGGCUUCGACUCCAGGGGGGAGUGGGGAGCAGUGAGGGGAAGAGAUGGAGAAUCUGGGGGCCCAGGGGCCUGAACAGUAUUAACUUGUGUAUAAGCCUGUGUGUUUUGUGUGUGUGUGUGUGUCUAUCUGUGUGUGCGUGUGGUUGUGAGAGAGUCAUUCCUGGCCUAGGAGAAUAAAGGUUUUCUUUAACCAACCA